AUGCCUUUGAAGCAUAUAAGGAAAGAACUUAAGCAAGGAAUUAGGAGGGCUAAAAGGGGUCUUGAAAAGUCAGUAGCAAACACGAUUAAGGAGAAUCCCAAGGCUUUUUAUACAUAUAUGAAAAGAAAGAGGGGAGCAGGGGAAAGCUUUGGCCCACUUAACGACAAAGGAGGAAAUCUCAGUGUGGAGCCAGAGGAGGUAGGUGAACUCCUAAAUGAAUACUUUGUGAUAGUAUUCAUGAAAGAGAAGGAAUUGGUGGAGGAUGAUCUCAGGGAAGGAAGUGUUGAAUUUCUAACCGAAGUUGCCAGUAAAACAGAAGAGGUGUUGUGCAUCUUAAAAAGUAUUAAGGUCAGUCUUCUCUUAUUGAUCAGUGCUUCAAACAGUGAAUCACCUUUUGAGAACAAGCCUUUCACUCAUCUUGUCCUUGCUUGUGCAUUAGUGGUGCCUAAUGUUCUGGCAUUGGCAAAGGCAUUAUGGAAGACAUCAUUUGGAUCAUCUGAUGCUCCUUCACUUAGUAUUCUAGGAAUGGUUUGUUUGAUCGAAGCACUUGUUGCUUUUGGAACGUCAAUCCUGGUGCUGGUCUGCAUGCCUCACUUUGACAUUAUCACUAAUUUGUACAUUUUGAAUGGUGUUUGCCUUUUUCCUGCUUUUCUGCAAGUAGUGUUUCAGCUGAAACCAUUCAGAUCUUCUAUGUUGCUCCCAUUGGUAGGCUUUGGCUUUGUUUUCCUGGGUCUCUUGCUUUUUAUUUUAGCUCACAACCUACAGCAGCAUUCAGAAGAGGUUAAACACAUCAACCCGUACGUGGCCCUUGCAGUAGUUGCCUUAAUAUUCGUAUCUUUCAAUUGGUGGGAAAAUUUCAUGUCGUACUGCAAAAUUGGAAGAAUGGAAACUAUAAGGGAAAACUUGCGAUGCACCAGAAACGUCACCUACGUUUGUACCAGUACAGUUCGAAUUCUAGUUGUUGGCACUGUAGUGGUAGCAUGGAUUCCAAUGAAGCAAUAUAAGUGGGAAGAUGUAAAAACCGUUUCACAAUUCAAUCUAAAAAUUGUUUUGUGCCUCUUUGGAAUACAGGGGAUUUCUUCUGCUCUUUGCCACUGGUUUGGGGUUCUGGUGUGUAAAAUGCAUGCAGUCAGACGUAGCUUUGCUGUCCCUUCCAUAUUAGCCACACCAGUUGUAUUUUUUGCUUUUUUGAUUGUGCUGUAUGACAGCUUCGGUAAAUAUGGCAAAGCAGAUACCUUUAACUUGACUGGUCUCUGCCACAAUUUAAAAAUCUCCAACAAUAGUGAUGCUGUGCAAAUUCUACUCUUGGAAAUUCCUCGCAGCCUUUGCAGAGGGCAGGCAAUAUUAAUUUCCAACAAAAUGGGCUUGGCAUUGCUUGGCUCCUUGGCUGUAUGCUUUUGGCUAGGGCUGAUUUUCUCAACAUUCUACGUGUGGGGCCAGCACAUUCAAAGGAUUGAAAGGACAUCCCAGCUGUUUGUUCGCCGACUGUAUGAGGCAGCAUUCAUGGAACAGUCAAUGCUGCUUAACACACGGGUCCAUAAAAAGAAUGAGAAGAAGAAUAAAAGAAAGUCGGACCAUGUCAUGAUAUAUCUGUGUGCAACAAUGUGGCAUGAAACACUGGAUGAAAUGGCAAAGAUCCUUACUUCAAUAUUCAGGUUGGAUAAAUACAAACCAAACUCUUCAAAAUCACAUAAAGACAAUUUUGAGUUUGAAGCACACGUUUACUUUGAUGAUGCUUUUCAUCUCACUAAUCUUAAUGACAAUGUACAGGAAAGAGUUUUGAAUCAAUAUGUUAAAAACCUUAUCCACAUAAUGGAAGAUAUUUACAGAAUAUUUUCACGUGAAAAGCAGACUUUGAAGGAUGAACAAGAAGAUGAUGACAGAGUGAAGCAAACCAUAAUGGAGACACCUUAUGGUGGAAGAAUCACAUACACCCUUCCAUAUGGAAACAUACUUUAUGUUCAUUUGAAAGAUAAGCAGAAAAUUCGGCACAAGAAGAGAUGGUCUCAGAUCAUGUACAUGUAUUAUCUGCUGGGAUGGAAAUUAAAUAAAAAGUACAUGACCUUAUCAGGCAAAUUUGAAGAUGAAAUGUCUACUGCAAAUGCCUUAAAGGUAAAUAAUAGGACUUCCUUUCUAAUGCCUGGGUUGGACAGUGACAGGACAAGGAACAGGUUGCCUAAGGAAAACACUUAUAUUUUGGCUUUGGAUGGGGACACUGAUUUCCAACCAUCAGCUUUGAUCUUGCUAGUUGACAGGCUGAGAAGAUAUUCACAUGUUGGGGCUGCAUGUGGUAGAAUACAUCCAACUGGAACUGGUCCUAUGGUCUGGUACCAGAAGUUUGAAUAUGCUGUUGGUCACUGGCUACAGAAGACAGCUGAGCAUGUGCUAGGCUGCGUACUGUGCAGUCCAGGAUGCUUCAGUUUGUACAGGGCAGCAGCCCUAAUGGAUGAUAAUGUUGUGAAAAGAUACACCACCAAAGCGACAGAAGGGCAACAUUUUAUCCAAUAUGAUCAAGGAGAAGACCGUUGGCUGUGUACAUUAUUACUACAACAGGGAUGGCGUGUAGAAUACAAUGCAGCUUCAGAUGCCUAUACAAACGCUCCACAGGAGUUCAAAGAAUUCUACAAUCAACGACGCCGUUGGGUGCCUUCAACUUUGGCAAAUACAAUUGAUCUUUUAAACAGUGGAGCACAAACAUCCAAGAGAAACCUCUCCAUUUCAAAACUCUACAUCCUGUAUCAGAUUAUUGGAACAGCAGCAUCAAUUCUAGGUCCUGCUACUGUGGUCUUGAUGAUAGCAGGAGCAUUUACAUUUGUGUUUAACUGGAAUGGAAAUGUUGCUCUCGCCCUUGGCGUCGUGCCUCCUGCUAUCUACAUACUGAUCUGUUACAAAGUCAAAUCAGAUACCCAGAUCAUGAUUGCUGCUGUGAUGAGCAUCUUUUAUGCUUUUCUAAUGAUUGCCACAAUAAUGUCCAUGAUUGGUGAAAUGGUGAAAGAAAACACCUUUAUUACUCCGACAGGCUUGUUCUUCAUCUCGAUGAUGAUCCUUUACCUCUCAACAGCAAUGUUGCACCCCCAAGAAUUCCCCCUUGUUUUUUAUGGAUUGUUGUACAUCAUUUGUAUUCCCAGUGGAUACUUGUUGUUACCAAUAUACGCCAUGGUAAAUAUGAAUAAUGUUUCAUGGGGCACACGUGAAACAGUCACUCCGAAAAAACAGGACAAAAUUAACACUAAGCAGAUUCUGCGAUACGAAAAGAAAUGCAAAUGCAUCUGUUGGGACAUUGAAUUUUUAGUCAAAGAGGAUAAAAAGGAAUUAGUUCAGUAUGCAGACAGUACAAUUGAAGAAGAAAUAAUGGAACCACGAAUUGAAGACAAUUGGAUAAGCAAUUUGCAAGACCAGUCAUUCCAUAUAAAACUUGCUGUUGAAGAACUUGAUGAAGAAGAAAUCCCAUUCUGGAAUGAUCUCAUUGAAUUGUAUCUUAAACCUAUUGAAGAAGAUAAAGAAAAACAGGCAGAGGUAGAAAAGGAAUUGAAAUCUCUCAGAAACAAGGCAACUUUUCUCUUCUUCAUUAUUAAUACACUGUGGAUUGUUUCAACAUUUUUUCUACAAGCAAUUGGUCCAGAGAUACACAUCAAGAUCCCUAAAAUCCUCCCAAAUGGUACUUUUUCAAAAAGUGAAAUUCUUAUCAUCGAACCACUCAGCUUCAUGUUCUUGGUAUCGUUCGCUGGACUGUUGGGAAUUCAGUUCCUCACCAUGCUUUACCACAGGAUUACCACACUCAUCCAUUUCAUAGCAUAUAAAGGAACUGAAAUAAAACCUCAUCAGAACGUUGGAAAGUAUCACCAAAUGUGUAAAGAUCAUGAGGUAUGACAAUAUACAGAAGAAAAGUAACCAGUCGUUGAGAAAAAUCAAGCUACAUCUCACCAGCGUCUCUCAAAUAAUACCAUUAGCUUUGUGUGUGAAACACAAUUUGAUAACUACUCAGGGAUAUGACAGUGAAGAUCUGUGGCUCGUGUUACAAAACAGAAAAAUAUAUUUUGAGAGUUAAAUUUCCAAUACAUCAACAGUAUCCCAUCGACUGUCAGCUGAGAAAUUUGUUGGCAUUGGACCCAUGUGGAAAGAGGCACACAAGUGCUGAUAUGAUUGGUCGUACAUACGUGCACUGUCAAAAAAUGUCCCACUCAUCUCACUUCCUCUCUCAAUCUGGGUUCAGCUGACCAACUAGAAUAACAUGUAAACCAGCCAUUUCUCAAUUUUCCUUAGACUGGUGAGCUAUCUUGAAGACAUUGUGGUACCCACAGCUCUCUAUCUUUGGGAAGAACAAUUGACUGGUUUGAAUGCUGACCUGGGCAUCUGAUGCCAUUUAGCCAUUUUCGCAUAGUUCUGCCACCCCUCUCAACUGACAUGAGCAAUUUGUGCCAUACUAGCGUAACAGCCUGAUUUGGGAAUUAUCUAGUUAUUAGCCCAUAAAAUUCAAGUAAACACAUAUUUCAAGUAAGGAAACUUUUUGGAAAUGUUGUUGGUCUUCAUAUUAUUUAAUUUGAUUAAUACUCCCGACCUCUGAACUUAAUUCAACAUCCUUUUCAUAAUAAGAGAAACAUUUCCAUAAAUUAGUGGAAACAGCUCAGGCAUGAAUAAGUUCUGAUCUGUCUCAAGAUUGGCGUGCACCAUAAUAAACAUUUACAAUGUACUGUAUAAUGAACUUGUGACAGUCACUAAAUUGAAGAAUUGGAAAGAUAAUUUUAGCCAUGUGCACCAUAGUGCAAAACUGUAACUACAUUAGUAAUUUUACAGUUUUGUUAUACAUUGACUGCAACAGAAACCUUUUCUGAAGGAGCAUGCAGAACUCCAUAUAA